UAGAGCGAGCAAAGAGAAGGGGAGGACAGAAGCCUUGAGAAUGUAGUUUGGGUGAAAUGUAACUAUAAUCAACACUACACAAAUCAAAUAAUAAUCAAAACUAGUGUACAGUGUACAUAGCCAAGACAGAGUGACGAACCAGUACACCAAGCAGUACCGUACAGUGUAGAUCAGCUGAUCAGUAAGAUGGGUUGCUGUGGUGUAGUUGGAACAACUAGGUUUAUGGCAGUAAUGGGUAUUCUAUACUCAGCUGCAGUUAUUGUGCCUCCUGCUGUCGUAUUCAUCAAUGAUUGGGAUUACUCAGAGUUACUCCCGUUUCUCAAGGAACUGCAUCGCUUGCUGGAGGAAGAGUAUGAGAAGAAAGAGUUAACCCAGAAUACUCUUGUACAGCUCAGGGACUUCCUAAAUGAUAUCAGUGAAAAGGCUGGGAUUGGAGCCUUAGUUACAGUGUGUGUUGCUGGAACAAACCUCUUUAUCAAUCUACUCCUUCUCAUAGCAACCUGCUGUAGAAUCAGAUGUCUGGCUCUACCCUGGUUGAUCUUCUCAAUGCUUGAGAUCCUAAUCCUUGGUUGCCCUGCGGUCAUCUUCUUCUCUUUACUCGGCAUCUACCUGUACAUCCAGGGUUUGUUGAUCCCUGCUCUUCUCUCCUUCUCUGCCCCAUGCACUCUGGUUCUUCUCUCUCUUCUCUCCUGGCUCCUAGUUCUAACCGCAUACUGGAGUCUGGGCAAACCAGUCCAAACCUUGGAUGAUGAGCAGAGGGAUCAGGAAGUCCAGCCUCUCAUAUCGAACGAUCGUCAGGUGAAUCCGCCCACUUCAUCUACCCCGCCCACUACCUACAACCUCGGCCACUAUCCUCAGUUUUAUCCGGCACAACACGCCACGGCUCAGCAAUCCUCCUCCGCCUCUGCUGGACCAUCUGCCCCGCCCCAGACCACGCCCACUGAUAAAAACAAUCCCCAUCUCUACCCAACCCUCCCGGUUUAAGCGGAGAUGAAAUGGAAGCACAAGAAAAGCAUAAAGAAAAUAUAAAUGCACGUUUGCCACGAUUUUUUAGCCCCUAUUCUAAAUAUUUACAAAAAAACCUUCAAUUUAUCUCGAAUUCUGAUGGAAAAUUUGCUGAACAUUGAAAACUAUUUUCUUUUCAAUGCCUAAAGCAUAUUUAUUAUAUAUAGAUUUAAAAAAUAGUGUUUAUGUAUGUUGUAAAUAUUUAUUCCAAUGAAAAUUCAAUUAUUCCUGCAGCAAAAAAUUCGUCUAAAAAUUCGUAAAAUAAUAAAAACAAUUAAAAUUGUGAAAAUAUUUUACCCUUUAGAUCCUUGAUCAUAGCAAUCCAAUGCAGGUUUUAACAUCAUCACUUUCUGAAGAAAGAAAAAAAAUCUGAAUAUUUUUACAAUCCCCCCGGGACAUCCUAAUGUUUAGUUACCUUUACAGUAUUUAGAAAAUAAAGGACUUUUUACAAAA